AUGGUAGACAAUUCUCAAACCUCUUCAGCCAUCGCUCCUGCACAUGAGCAGAACAGCCCUUAUUUUAUGCAUCCUUCUGAUAACCCUGGAUCUAAUCUCGUCGGCAUGGUUCUUACGGGUGAUAAUUACAACAAUUGGUCUCGUGCCAUGGAGAUUGCCCUUUCCGCCAAGAACAAGAUGGUAUUUGUUACUGGAGAAACAAAAAAACCAGCCGCAGCCGAUCCUACCUAUGUGUCAUGGAUUCGUGUUAACAAUAUGAUUCUAUCCUGGAUUCUUAAUUCCAUCCAUCCAGAUUUGGUGCCAACGGUUCUCUACACAGAGUCAGUUGCGGAUGUUUGGGCCGAUCUCCGCGAACGUUUUUUGGCAUCGAAUGGUCCUAGGGUUUUUCAUCUUGAGCAAAAGAUAUGCACCCUUGCACAACAUGACGAUGCCGUGACCAAGUACUACAACAACUUGCGAAGUUACUGGGAUGAAUUGAAUAAUUUGGAUCCGUUACCGCAAUGCUCUUGUUCAGCUCAUUCUAUCAUUACCAAACAACAAGAGAAUCGACGAUUGUUUCAAUUUCUCAUGGGUCUCAAUCCGAGGUACGCUAAUGUUAUUAGUCAGAUUUUACUAAUGGAUGCAUUACCUAGUGUUGCACGCGCAUAUGCACUAGUUCUUCAGGAUGAGUCGCACCGCCAUAUCCAAUUGGAUUGCCCACCGUCCGAUCAGACCAACAAGUUGGAUGUGGAGAAGGUCUUUCACAUGACAGGAGGUGUUGGCAACACUAGCUAUGCCAAGAACUCUUCGCUUCAGAAGAAGGCAGCUGAUAUGGUGAAGAGCAUAACCAUGGAGGCAGUGCAACAAGUGUACCUGAGUCUCAUGCCAGAGAGCAUUGGAAUAGCUGACUUGGGGUGUUCCUCAGGACCCAACACCCUGUCCAUCAUCAGGGAUGUGAUUGAGGCAGUGCAAGGGACAAGCCAAAGGGUCACGAGUCCAACCCCAGAGUUCAGGGUCUACCUCAACGACCUCCCCACCAAUGACUUCAACUCCAUCUUCAAGGCCUUGCCAGAUUUCCACAGAGAGCUCAGAGAGGCAAGAAGGAGAGAGGGUGGGCUUUGUCAUCCUCCUCUGUACAUGGCAGCUCAUCCAGGGUCCUUUUAUGGGAGGCUUUUUCCCAACAAGUGCUUGCACUUUGUCUAUUCAUCCUACAGUUUGCACUGGCUCUCAAGGGUCCCUCCGGCACUCUGUGAUGAGAACAGAGAACCAAUCAACAGGGGCACCAUCUACAUCUCUGAGUCCAGCCCUCCCUGUGUAGCCGAGGCGUACUUGCGGCAGUUCCAAGAGGACUUCACAUCAUUCCUCCACUUGAGAUCUGAAGAGCUGGUGUCUGGAGGCAGAAUGGUGCUGAUCUUGCUCGGCAGAAGGGGCCCCCACCAUGUUGAUAGAGGCAACUCUUUCUUCUGGGAGCUCCUCUCAAGAAGCCUCUCCAUGUUAGUUGCAAAGGGAGAAGUGGAAGAGGAGAAGCUGGAUUCCUAUGAUGUGCACUUCUACGCACCUUCCGAGGAUGAAAUGGAACGCGAGAUCGAGAGAGAGGGGUUGUUCCGAUUGGACCGCUUCGAGACGUUCGAACUUGAGAGGGACGAGAGAGAUGGUGUGAGCUACGGAACAGCGGUGGCAACCACUGUCAGGGCCAUCCAGGAGUCCAUGAUCUCUCACCACUUUGGUGAAGGGAUUCUGGACGGCCUAUUUGAGAACUACGCAAGAAUCUUAGAUGAAGAAGCGGCCAGAGAAGAGAUCAGGCCUGUCACUUUCCUUUUGGCACUCACAAAAUUAUGACUGCGCUUCAGUAACGCGGGCAAACACUCGCCUCGACAGAUCGGGUCCAUCGCAGCUGUCAAUCUCGCAGCGUUCCAAUAGAAUCCAGUCAUCUGCGAAAGCAUGUAGUCCGUAGACCCGGAUCGAGGAAUCAUCUGGUAGCAUAAGAGACCCAGAAUCUAGGAACUAGUUAUUGUUUUGUGCUUUCUGCUGUACUCACUCACUGCCCAGUACUCUUGCAUCAGGAAUUUAGGAAUCUCAUGAAGCUCCAAUUGCAUGUGCAUGAAAUCUCACUCUCUAUUUUUCUUCA